CCACCGGAGGGUGCCUGAGGUCACACCGAUGUCAUAUCGAUCUCAUCCUUCUCUUGAGAGUUGAUACUAACUUAUGGAAAGUAAAGUCCAAUGACUAACUCAAUCUAUAUACUUAAUAAGUUAGAACAUACAUAAUAUCCAUAUAAGAUACUCGCUUACAUACAUAGUGAAGAUGUGAAUAAUAAUUACAUGACUUAAACUAACUUAUAUGCUGUUCCAUCUUGUAUGAUGCAUCUUUUAUAUAAUAGUAAACAAUAUUAUACUAAUUAUUAAUAUGACAACUUAAUUGUUAUUUUAAGUAUUUCAUACAGAAAAACACUCAGCAAUGAUGUGUACUUGCGACUUGUGCUUACUUAACUAGAGAUUAUAAGAAAAUGAGAAACCAAGAAAAAGAAUUGUCGUGAUAAUUAAGUACUUAUCCUAAUCAGGUUGAGGAAGUUAGAGAAUUAGUAUAAAAGGGUUAGGUUCAACUGAAGAGUGUUUGAUAUAAAUUUAGCUAGAAGGCUCCGGCUGCUUAAGUCGCCACUAAUUGCUAAUUGUUCAAUGAAUUGAUGCAUGCAUGAGCUGGCGAUCCCACCUUCUUCCCAUAUAAUAUAAGCUAUGAUUACCAAAACAAAAAUUGCUGUAGUUUUGUAUAUAUAUAUAUAUACCCCAAAUAAAUAUAUAACAGAAGAGAAUUCAGUAGUCGACGCAUGUCUCUUGCAUUAGUGAUAAACUUGAGAUUAUUGAAGUUGCUAAUGCUAAAUGAUAACUGCAGAACUUUGGAUGAUAAUCUAAUCUAGUUUAAGGCUUCAUGAAUGGUCGGACGGAGACCUUAUUCAUGGUGGAAAGAGACUGACUUACCAUAAUGGUCCUUCCCUUUUGUCUUCCUUUUUCUUGCAUAAAGUUCAACUAUGGCUUUUAAUAUGGCAGCACCUCCACAGCAAUCUAACAUCUGUAUCCCAAUCCCUCUCUUGGAAAGCUAGCUAAUUAUUUUUUAGCGGAAAUGUUAAAACGGUUAAAAAAAUUUUGCACAUUUCAUUCGCCAUAAUGAUAUUUCUAAUCCUAAUAAUCCAUUUCAAUAAUCUGAAUUCUCGAAAGAAAGAUAAAAACGGCUCUUAUAACAAACUUAAUUCAACUAUUGCAUCUAAUGUAACAAUAAAUUAAGAUUCUUAUACAAAGUGCAGACUUCAUACUAGCAACACCUAAGACCUAAUCAUAAACUUCACUCGAUGUGAAGAGGGCUAAUUAUGUUCUGUUGGGGAUGUGACUCGGAUCUCAACACGUCGAAGAAAUACCCAAGGAUGCUCACGCCAAAGUCAACGCGCGAGUCGCGCCAGGGCUAGGCGCGAGUGUAGAGACCGACCCCAAGGACCGCGCAUAGACACCAAACGACGGCGCUUUGGACAAGCACGGGCCCUCACCGAGAAGUUGUAGAAGCGGCGCCGCGUCACCCAAAGGGUAGUCAACAUCAUAGUCCUAGGUAUAGUCAUGGCUAAGGGUCUUGUCACCCAUAGGGAUAUGGUCUUUGUCCCUGACAUGUCAGUGGUCAUGUCACCGUACCGUAGUGGUCACGUCAUUGUACCAUCAUGUAACUCACCCACCACCAUGUAGCCUAUAAAUAUGGCAUUUACUCCAGUGGGUGAGGGGAUCGGAUUUUUCAGACUCUAUCUCUAAGAUCAUCACUUUCUCUCACUAAACACACACUCUCUCUCAGCUCUAUCCUCCCUCUCAUUUGUCUCAAAGUUCUUGUUCAACCAAGCCGUUUAUUCUUCUCGACCCAUUCUAGUGAACUUCACUCCUACACUCAGUUAGGUUCAAACAUGUUCUUUGACCAAAAAAAAAAAGGGCUAAUUAUGUUGGGCUAUCUCAGCGGGAAAUCCUUUGGGCUUCAGCUUAAUCCACGGCCCAAAUAUUUCCAUUCUCAAAGUCCAAACAAUCUGUGUGAAUGAGUGGGUUACGGAUUAUCAUGUGCUAAUUAGAGACUUGGACUUAAUAAGAAGAUCCUGCCAUUCACCCAAUGCACGACUCAGUCUCCAACAGAGACCAUGAAGGACCAGACACAUCAGUUAAUACUUAACAGUAAAAGAAUUCAAAUUAUAUAAAAACUACAGUACAUAUGUAAUAAAAACAUUUACCAAAUAUGUCUGCAGUGUCCAUUAAUGCAAAGGGUAAAAAAGGGCAGAACAGCUUUAUCCUGUCUUUGGAUACUCAUUUGUUCUGCCCAAUACUGCUUCUUUAGAUGCAUAGUUCAGGCUUACUGGUGGCUGCUGCUUCACCAGCUCUCCACCGCCUUCAUUCUUCAAGGCUUUUGUAUAUUUUGCAGUUGCUGUUAAUUAGUGUCUCUGUACUACCCUCAACAGAGAGGGGAACUAAAUAUUUUCGUUUUACAAAGGAGAAUCAUGUAUUGCACUAUAAAUGAUCGCUUACAUCUGGAACAAAUGAAAUAGAUUGAAAUCAAACAAGUGCGUUUAGAUAUAAGGUUUCGACAUAAUGCCGGAAGAGGUGACUUGCAUGUAUGUUUGUAAUAGAAUGAGUUUAGGUAUCCUUUGCUUGUGGGAUUAGGGUGAUGGAUUUGCCACCCAAUUUCAAGCACCAAGGACUUGCCACAAAUCUGUUGUUUGCUAAGGGACACAAAUCCGUUAGGUUCACGGAUCUAGACCCAUGUUUAGAUCCAAAUUCUUGAACCCCACAAAUUUGCAAAUCCCACAUUUCAUUUGGGAUUUGAUAAUAAAAAAGCAAAAAUGUGAGACAAAUCCAUAAUAAAAUUAACUAAACAAACAAUACUCUUCAUACAUCCAAAUAGUUUUAAAACACAAAACCCUCAUAAAAUCUAAUAAGCAAACCAGCCUUAUAAUCCCACUAUUUAGUGGACUUCCAACGAAAUAUGGAUUAGUCCUGUGGUUUCACUAAUGGUUUUCUAUCUAGAGAUCACCUUUUUUUUAUUAUAAUUUAGAGAUCACAUAUUCUAAUUUUAGGAUGGACUUCCCCUUCCCUCUAGACACCCUUAAGUACUAAGUAAAAAAAUGUGACAUCUACUAUCUAGCUAGCCACGAUUUGGCAAGCUAAUCAUCUCUAGUUCAUGUUUUGUUUCAAGUCUUAUCUAUAAAGUUCACGUGUUUGAGAUAAAGUAUUUGUCUAACUUCAUCACCAACAUAUUUUUUCGCCCAUCUUUUCUCCUUCUCAAUUGUAGUGUCUUAUUUGAAUUUUUUUACAAUGAUAGUUUGAUUCUCAUUAUUUUCUAACCAAAUUAUCAUAUGAUAAAAUUUAACUUAACUAUUAAAAUGGAUCACAUCUUGCUGACUCGUGAUUAAGCAGCUAAACCUAAUUAUCCUAAAAUUCCACCAUUCCCUCCCUUAUUAAUUAAUUAAUUAACGGCGCAAGUUUUGUUUACUGUUGCAUAAGAUUAAAUAGCCAAAAUGGCAGUUUUAACGGAAACAUCUCCCACUUACCAAAAAUACUUCCGUGGGUUACUGUUCACUUCAUGGGGGGUUUACUAUGUGGUCCGCUCUAAGAUAGGCCCGCCCUUGGUAGACAACGGAUUAAAGGCCUAGAUACGUAAUGGGUUUAUUGGCAUAACAUAUAAAUAUAUGAAUCUAAUUGAUCCACGUGUAUAGGAAGUGUAGUAAUAUGUAUAGAUGAUAGUUUGUGAACUAUAAAUAAGGGUAAACAUCAAUCCGUUCAAUCUAUAAUCGGAUCAAAUAGAUAGGGGGAUUGCUAUUCGUCGCCCUAAAAUAACUUAUUCGUCGCCCUAAAUCUUAUUGAAUUUACACAAAUGCCCUUGUUUUUUAUUUUUCGUGGGUACUGGACGCAGAAAUAGAGCGGCGUCGGGGAUUUGCCUACCCGUCUUCUUCGCAGCAACCGACCAGCGGCGUCCUGUAUCUGCUCCCCUCCUUCUUCGCAGCACCAGACCAGCACCGCCCGGGAUCUGCCUACCCUCCUUCCUCUUGCACGCAACGACAACUGUUGGAGAAUUAUAUGGAAUGAAGAAUUGGUUAAUAUAUGAACAGAUAAGUCUGAUCAUGAACCAAGUUGUCCUUCCAUUUAUUUUGAAUUAAUCAUCCACGUUAUUGAUUGGAAAAGAAAAGUCCAAUUAAUGGUCCACGUGAUUAAUUGUUCACUUUGAAUGAACAGAGGAUAUAUGUAUAUCCCCUCCCUCUCAAUUCCUUAAACUUAAGUGUGUCCCUCCAUGAAUGGUUGCAUGGAUAAAUGCAGCAGGUGGCAGGGACUGAAUUCGGCGACCGCAACAGCGACCGUCUUCCUCCUCCUAGCAACGACAACACGACGGCGCCAGUGAUCAGUUCUGGACUUUGCCAAGAAUGGGAGGAGGCAGAUUUUGGUUGCCAAGAGAGAAGGGUCAAGGGUUUUGGUUUGAUUUGGGGCAGGAGCAUAUGUGUCAUUUUAGUAUAGUUUAGGGCGAUAAAAUUUAAAUUUUAGGGCGACGAAUAGUGUUUCAGAAUAGAUAUAGGAUCUAACCAAGGGCAAACUUAAAAUUUGCAGUUUAACCAUAUGUUACGUAAAAGUGCGUGUUUGGUUUGGCCAACAUAAAAUUAAUUUAAUAUAGUUGUGAACCAAAAUUCCUAUAUUAACUAAAUUAAUAACCAACUAAAAAAUUUGCAUUGUACAAAGGUUCCGUAAGAUUAGUUUUUCUUGCACAACAGUGUACUCAAAUAUAACAUUUUCUGAAUUGCUAUUCGUCACCCUGAAUUUUAAAAAUUAUCGCCCUAAAUCAUAUUGAAUUGACAUUUAUACCCUGACUUAAAUUUUCUUAAUCCCUACCUCCUCGUUGCGUCCCGCCCACCAGCCAAUUGUCGGUCGUCGCCGCUAUUUCCCAGAACCCUAACCCGCCGCAACUCCCAUUACCCGACCCAACUUCGUUCUAUCUUCCCACCGCCUACCUCCCUGUCAAUUUCCAAGUUAAUUUAUUCUUCUUCCCAAAUCCAUUUUCCUUUCCCGUCUCCGUCAAAUCACUUUAAACAAAUAUACUAAAAUUAAACAAAAAUAAAGAAAGGGAAAAGAAGGAAGCAGAAGGCAAAGAAACCUCAUUUCCCAAAUCCGCUGCCGAAAAAAGAAUUUGAUAAGCUUCCCAAUCAUCUUUUUCUGGGCUAAGGACACCGAUGCUAGAAAUGGGUUGAGUUCCCGUGUCUGGACUGCUCGGCCCGGCCUCUCUUCCCAUUGUUGGAAUUCAUUGAUUGGUGGUGGUCGACGGUUGGAAUGGGGAAGGAGGGAAAUGGAAUGGAUCAAAAUUUAAUGAGAAGGGUAAGAGUGUAACUUUAUUAUGGUUUAGGGCGAUAAAUUCAAAUAUUUAGGGCGACGAAUAGCAAUCCCCAACAUUGGGUUUUGACUUGACGAGGAACCUCCAUGCUACCUAGCAAGGUAUUUUGUAUAACUUAAUUUCUUUAUUACUAACUAAAAUAUUCACAAUAUAAUCAAUUUUCAUUGCACAGAGGUUCGGUAACGUCAAUUACUCAAUUUAACUCUUAGGGGUCGUUUGGAUGGAACAAUGGGAAAAUGAAGCAAUUUGAUCUAAUUGGCUCAUUUUAAAAAAUGAGUCAUUUGUAUGAGGAAAUUGUGUGAAAUUGUCUUGUUUGGUUAGUAUUUAGGAUGAGGCAAUUGAAAUGGAACAUUUUGCCAUAAAUACACUUUUACCCUCCCUCUCUUCUCUUUGUAAACCACCAACACAGAGUGUAGAACGAAGGGACGACUGGGCAUUACAAAUGUGAAAACCCAAUCCAUCAAAAGAUAAAACAGCAUAGCAAAUUGCAAGAAUAAAAAGCAGUAGCAGUUCUAGAUAGAGCUGCAACCCAAAAGAAACAAAGCAAGAGCUUCAAGAGUGAAACAGAUCAGGUCCUAUAAGCUGCUGCUGUGGCCUCUGUUUUUAUUUUGGGAAUAAGGGAUUGAUACCCAAAGGAGGAGGAAGACUAAAUCUGAAACAAAAUUGAAAAUUUGAU